AGCAUUAUUUGCAAAAGUCAACUUUGACCGUUGCUAAAAAUUCUGUAAUAUAUUGUGGAUUUGAUUUAUCUGGCCACGGAACAUAUAUCUGCAAGUAUGCAUAUUUACAAUAACGCAUAUAACAUAUGCUCAGGAGACCAUCGCCAAACGCGGGUUGUGCAAUGGUUACAAGUCUGGCGAGGACGAUUUUCAAACAUUCGACUUUAUCAGCAAGUUGAAAUUAGAUCAGCCGGACGCAUAUAGAGGGAUGACGAAGGUCCGAGGCAGUAGACGCAUGCAGACAGCAUACCGACUAGAGAAGGAUACUGAUGUCAUCCUCUCAACAAAGAACAUCACGCUCAGCAAGCUUCCAAACGAGUUCUCGUUGAUUUACACGCUGAGAGCUAGAAAAUCAUCGAAGUUUCCUUGGCACGUUAUUAAGAUCGUAAAUGCAAAAGGCGAUCCUCAGUUUCUCAUCACGAUGAAUUCUAAAAGAAGAACAUUGGAGUUUUCAUCAAUCGACCAGAAGGGAAAGUUACAGACAAUCUCUUUCAUGAAUGAUCGCGUAUUCGACAACGGCUGGCACAAAGUAAACUUCGGAGUGUUCAAAGAUAAACUGGUUCUUAACGUUGAUUGUGAAUUCGUGGGCAUGGAAAAGCUGAAACCACGCCAGCCGAUUAUAUUCGAUGGAGACAUAUCGAUAGCCAAGAUGAGCAAUAGCGAGAUGUCUGUACCGAUCGACGUACAAUGGAUGUUUCUAAACUGUGAUCCUACAACAUACGAAAGAGAUACGUGCGAAGAAUUACCAUUGAGGACCAUUGUCGCUCCAUUUCAAAGAAACUCCUGCGAAACGAUCUGUCCGCAAGGACCACGCGGAUUUAAUGGAACAAAUGGAUCUCCCGGUGCAACUGGACCACCCGGAACACCAGGAUCAAAAGGUGUACGAGGCUCUCCUGGGCAACGUGGGCCACCAGGGGAACAAGGAGUUCCGGGGAAUACUGGUGCUAGAGGCUCCCCAGGAUUACAAGGUCCUAAAGGAUCGAUUGGAUCCGUGGGGUCACCGGGCUUACCAGGAUUACCAGGUCGAAAGGGAGAAAAUGGCGAUAUGGGAUUCCCGGGUCUAAAAGGAGAUCAAGGUCCUCGAGGAUUUCCAGGUCCAUCAGGAAAUAUAAGCGAUUGUCUACAUCCUUUUAAAUACGAAAAAGGAAUUAAAGGUGAUCAAGGAGAUGAUGGUGCUCCUGGACAGUCGGGUGAAAAAGGCGAACCUGGGGACAGAGGAUAUCCAGGAUUAGAUGGAAUCCGCGGCCGUAAUGGUGCACCAGGACCUCCUGGUCUUCCAGGACCUCCCGGUCCUGGAGUCAAAGGGAACAUUGCAUCUCCUAACAUUUUAGGUAUAAUGGGACCGCCAGGACCACCAGGCCCACCAGGACUACCAGGAUUGCCAGGACCUCCUGGUCCGCCAGGUUUAAAAGGAGAUAUUGGAGAACGUGGCACAUCGGGAUUGAUAGAUAAUGUCAUAUCGGGACCACCUGUUUCCGAAGGAUCUAUCGGUCCUCCUGGCGACGAUGGUCUUCCGGGUGAAAAAGGAGAAAUCGGAUCGAUAGGACCUCCAGGAUUACCUGGUGAAUCAGGAAAGGAUGGAUAUCCAGGAUUACCGGGACCGCAGGGACCUCCAGGGCCACACGGAGAAUCGGGUCCUCCGGGAUCUCGAGGUUUAGACGGACUUGUAGGAAAAUCAGGAUCGCUCGAUGGAAGACCAGGUCCGAAGGGUAACAAGGGACAAGAUGGCGAGCCAGGUCCUGUCGGACCUCGCGGAUUAUCAGGAAUUUCGGGCUCAGUAGGUUUACCGGGUGCACCAGGCGUACCAGGCGUACCAGGAUUGGAAGGGAGGCCUGGUCCACCCGGUCCUCCGGGAUCGACAGGACCGCCAGGACCUCCGGGUUCUCCUGGUUUUCCUGCUGCAAACGAUAACAUUGGCAAUCCUAGUUUCGAAGGAGUUAGAGGUCCACCAGGGCCUAGAGGUCCACCAGGCUCUUCGGGCAUACCGGGUGAAAAAGGAGCUCCUGGAAAACGAGGAUUGGAAGGUCGAAUAGGACCACCGGGAAUACCGGGUAAGGACGGUGCGCCCGGAUUGCAAGGCCUCCCUGGAAACAGAGGUCAAAUGGGAUUGCCUGGUCUUCAAGGUCUGCCAGGUCGUAGUAUCAGCGAAGCGGAAAUUCGCGAUAUUUGCACCAGUGUUCUGAGAGAACAGAUGAUCGAAAUAGCAACAUUAAUGCAAGGCCCACCUGGCCCUCCCGGCCGAGGCCGUCCGGGCCGUCCUGGAUCACCUGGUCCUCAGGGUCGCCCAGGCAAUCAAGGACCGCCAGGUGUGCCGGGAGAACGUGGAUUUGUCGGUUUACCUGGCUCGCAGGGUCCCAUCGGUCCACGAGGACUAUCUGGCGAACGUGGAGAAAAAGGAGAUAGGGGUCCCGAAGGAAACGGUUUAGAAGGCCCACCGGGACCAUCAGGUUUACCAGGACCGCCUGGUAAUGAUGGUAUUGGUUUGCCUGGAAGACAAGGAGACAGAGGUGAACCAGGCAGACCAGGUAUCCCUGGCAUAAGAGGAUCACCAGGAGCGCAGGGACCACCAGGAUAUUGCGAAUUCUGUAAUUAUUCCAGUAGCAAUUAUUUGCAUAAUCGUAAUAACGAAAAAGGUCCUUAAUCUUUAAAAAUUAAUUUCUAUGUAAGCGCAAAGAUCAUUGCGGAAAACAUUAAAAAUUAUUAAAAUUCCCCGAAAUGCGAAUGCUUGUUAACUCUUUAUGAAGCACUGCCAUAUAAAAACUAGCGUUUGUUUAAAUUACAAUUUAACUGUGGCCUUUAA